AUCGCACCCGCGGCGCGUGGUGACUGCUACUAGCCCCGCGAGUCACGCUCGAGUACGGUCCACCGAGGGCGCGCGGAGCUUGCGGGACCAUGUCGUGGCUCUUCGGCAUCAAGGGCUCCAAGGGCGAAGGCACAGGGCCUCCGCUGCCCUUGCCGCCCGCUCAACCUGGGGCGGAGGGUGGUGGCGACCGUGGUGCAGGAGACCGGCCAUCGCCCAAGGACAAAUGGAGCAACUUCGACCCGACCGGCCUGGAGCGUGCGGCUAAAGCGGCGCGCGAGUUGGAGCACUCGCGCCAUGCCAAGGAUGCACUGAGUCUUGCACAGAUGCAGGAGCAGACACUGCAGCUGGAACAACAGUCCAAGCUCAAGGAAUAUGAAGCUGCUGUAGAGCAGCUGAAGACUGAACAGAUCCGUGUGCAAGCCGAGGAAAGGAGGAAAACCCUGAGCGAAGAGACACGGCAGCACCAGGCUAGGGCCCAGUACCAGGAUAAGCUAGCUCGACAACGCUAUGAGGACCAGCUGAAACAACAGCAACUACUGAAUGAAGAGAAUUUAAGGAAACAAGAGGAAUCUGUGCAGAAGCAGGAGGCCAUACGGCGAGCCACUGUGGAGCGUGAAAUGGAGCUGCGGCAUAAAAACGAGAUGUUGCGGGUAGAAGCUGAGGCCCGAGCACGGGCCAAGGCUGAUAGAGAGAAUGCAGACAUCAUCCGGGAACAGAUUCGACUCAAGGCUGCCGAGCACCGCCAGACCAUCUUGGAGUCUAUCAGGACAGCUGGCACCUUGUUUGGUGAAGGAUUCCGUGCCUUUGUGACAGACUGGGACAAAGUGACAGCUACGGUGGCUGGGUUGACACUAUUAGCUGUUGGAGUCUAUUCUGCCAAGAAUGCUACUUCUGUUGCUGGUCGGUACAUUGAGGCCCGAUUGGGAAAACCGUCCUUGGUGAGAGAGACCUCCCGAAUCUCAGUGCUGGAGGCAUUGAGACAUCCCAUCCAGGUCACCAGGCGACUGAUCAGCAGACCCCAGGAUGCAUUGGAGGGUGUCAUCCUCAGUCCUAGCCUGGAGGCACGGGUCCGAGAUAUUGCCAUCGCAACAAGAAAUACCAAGAAGAACAAAAGCCUAUAUAGGAACGUUCUGAUGUAUGGGCCACCGGGCACUGGCAAGACACUAUUUGCCAAGAAACUUGCACUGCAUUCAGGCAUGGACUACGCCAUCAUGACAGGCGGGGACGUGGCCCCUAUGGGGCGGGAGGGUGUGACUGCCAUGCACAAGGUCUUCGACUGGGCAAGCACCAGCCGACGAGGACUCCUGCUCUUUGUGGAUGAAGCAGAUGCCUUCCUCAGGAAGCGAGCGACAGAAAAGAUAAGUGAAGACCUCAGGGCUACUCUGAAUGCAUUCCUACACAGGACAGGACAACACAGUAGUAAGUUCAUGCUGGUCCUGGCCAGUAACCAGCCUGAGCAAUUUGAUUGGGCUAUCAAUGACCGCAUUGACGAGAUGGUCUGCUUUGCCCUGCCACAGCGGGAGGAGCGAGAGCGCCUGGUGAGAAUGUAUUUUGACAAGUAUGUCCUUAAGCCGGCCACAGAAGGAAAGCAGUUUGGAAGUUGCUGUUACCAUCUUCACCUACUUAGUAUGACAUGGCUUUCUCUUGUCUCCUUGCAUUCCUGCCCUGCCACUCCUCAAAGCUGCUCUGCAGCCGUGUGGAGACAGGGAGGAGCCACGCUCUGAUGAGGAGGCCUUGGUACAGGCCCUCACUGCUGUGUCUAGUUUACUUCCCAUACCUCCCAUCAGCAGCUGCUCUGCUUUCUGCUGUCUCCAGGGGCCCGAGCUCUAUGGCAUUCAGACUCCACGUCCUGACCUGAAUCCCUCCUGCUGCCUGUUGCCUUUUACUGUUCUGGAGAAAACAUGGCUUGGCCCUGCUGUUCCCUAUGGGCCCAUCCUCCACCCCUGCUGGUCAAGUCCCCUGCCUCCUGCUAGCCUCAUAUCCCCAGCCUCAGCUUAGGCAUGCAACCUCUAUUCAUGUUCCAUGUGUUUCUGUAGCUUUUGGUCAGAUGUUAUUGCUGGAAAUUUGGAUUGCAGGUCCCUUUACUGUUGUAUUCCUUACCUAGAAAUCUACUUGCUCUGUUAGAAUUCAUCAUUGGCUGAGCGUUUAACCAUACCCGUUCUUUGGGUACUGAAUAUGUAGUUGUAGGCUGGGCCUAGUAAGUAGGGGUGAAGGCAGAUUGGGAGAGUACAGCUCCAUCUGCCAACCCUGCUUGGCUCCCUCCUGGCAUCCCUGCAGGAAGGAAGGAAGGCUGAGGAUAUCCGGCAGAGUUUACCUCAUCCAACUCCAGCUGUGCAAAAAAGCCCACUCACUAAUGGUGUCCAGGUCAGGUGGAAGCAUCUGACAGAGUGUGAUCUUGGGCAGCCUUGCUCACAGUCUCCCCAGCCGCCUUUGUGUAGACAGCCAUGGAAGCCUAGACCCACUUGGGAAC